GUGAACACCCUCUUGCGGGAGCAUCUAGAUAAAGCAAAUGAGGUGAAUUCAGCUCUUAAAGAAGAUAUUGGAAAACUGACAGCGGAUUGGAUGAGGGCCAGGGAGGAGCUGGAAUUGAAGGAGAAUGAAUGGCGCAGUGAACGUGAGUUUUAUGACAGCUACUUAAGAGGUGAACACAACCGUCUUCUCAGCCUAUGGCGCCAGGUGGUGACCUUCCGCCGUCAUUUCCUAGAAAUGAAGACAGCCACUGACAGAGAUUUGUCAGAAUUGAAGGCAGAGCAAAUGAGGCUUUCUGGAUCUAUACUUGUCAGCUGCUUCCGGUUAAAUUCUGGUGUACAGCUCUGGGAGUCCCUCACUUUGGGAAGACCUGUCUUAAAGGAUCAGGCACAGAAAGAGGUGGAAAAAGAAAUAAACCAGAAGACCUGGGAAGUGAUGAGCUUUGAAGUUAAGGGGGACCUUGAGAAGAAAGAGCUUCAAGAUCGGGUGAUGGAGCUCUCAGCCUUGCUUGUACAGUCUCAGAAGCAGAAUGAGGAGAAGGAGAAGACCAUGAAGACACUUAACGACACUGUGGAGAUUCUAGAAGCAAGUCGGUUGGAGGUAGAAUAUGAAGCUUCAUUGACUAAAAAUGCCAAAGAAGAGAAUCUUUCCCUUCAAAAGUUGAUAAAAGGUAUAUUUGAGGUGGUGUUAGAUGACAGUGACAGUACAGUGAGCAAUGUCUGCACUGACAGUUCUCAGCAUCCGGAGUCUAGCAACAUCCUCUCUUACCUGAGCUCCAGCAAUACAGAGCAUGCCCUUGUAUUGGUGCAGGAAGUGCUGGCAAGGAGGCAAAGAGCAACGCAGGCCCUAAAAGAAGAGCUUUCUGCCAGCCAGGACUCUAUCAGUUUCCUGCAGCACCAGCACAGACAGCAGGAAGAGGAGUGCAAGAAGUUGCAGCAAAGACUUGAGCAGCUGGAGGAGGAGUGUAAGUUGACCAGCAGCCAGCGGCAGCACCUCCAGUCUCUGGUAGAGGCACUCAGAAGUGACUGUGCAAGCCUAGAGAAAAACAGGGAAGAGCUACAGCAACAGCUCAAAGUAACUGAGCAAGAAGCCUGGCGCCUUCGUCGAAGUAACGCUGAGCUGCAGCUGAAGGAAGAUUCUGCCCAAGGAGAAAAGAUGGAGCAGCAACAGACAACAGAAAGAGAGCGUCGGGACCGGGAGCUUCUUGAGACGGACUUAGCUGCACUUGAAGCAAAACAUUCAUUAUUACAGAGUGAGUUGGUAGUUGCAAGAGAGGCACUGGAGAAAUCCCACCUUCAUAGAGAUCUGCUGAAGCAAGAGAAACAUGAGCUUACAAUGGCAUUGAAAAAGGCAGAGCAGUCAGUAGCAGAGCUGACGGGAGCUCAGAAUAAGCUGAGGGCUGAAACAGCUGAUCUACAUGUUGCAACAGCAAAGAUGAGCAGUAUUAAUGAAGCUCUGGCAUUGGAUAAAGUGCAGCUGAACAAGCUUGUGUUACAGCUGGAACAGGAGAAUGAAGUCAUGUCAAGUAAAGUGGAAGAGAUGGAGAAAGCAAAGAUCUCUGUGCAGGAGAAGCUGAACUUGUGUAAAAGGACAAAUGAAGAGCUCUGCACAGAGAAAGCCCAACUGGAGCAGCUGCUGAAGAACGCAGAGGACCGACAGGAGGGACUACAGGUAGAACUGAGGAUACUGGCAGAGGAAAAGGAAGACACCCAAGAGAAGCUCAAUCAGAUUUGCCACCAGCAAGAGUCAGCUAGCAGUGAUUUGGAGCAGUUGCGCCGGGAGUCCUCUCACCAAGCAGAUGUUCUGGCCAAGGUGUCCAGAGAGAAAGAAGUCCUGGUGCAUGAGAAGGCUGCCCUAGAGGUGCGACUGGCAGCUGUGGAACGAGACAGACAAGGCCUUUCAGAGCAGCUGGCAGAGGCCAGGUCAAUGAAGGAGAUCUUGGAAUCCAGCCUGUUUGAGGCUCAGCAGCACUUGUCUCAGCUGGAGGUCACCAGGAGUCAGAUGGAAAUCCAACUUCAAACAAUCACUCAGGCCAAGGAAGUGAUACAAGGGGAAGUGAAAUGCCUUCAUUGUGAGCUGGAAGCAGAGAGAUCUCGAAUGAAGCAGGAACGGGAAAACAUGGCACAGCAGCUUUUGCGGGCAGAGCAGCAGUAUAACAAUACUCUCAGGCUUCAGCAAAGUGAUCAUGAAGUGGAAAUAAACAAGAUUCUGCAAGACCUGGCAACUGAGCGGGAAAGGCACCAUUCAGAGCUACAGGAGAUGCUAGAGCGCUUGGAUAAGGAGAAAGCAGAGGCAGAAGGUGAGCAUAAGAAGAAGCUGUUGGAUAUGAGGCAGAAGGUUGCUACCAUGCAAGUUCAGCAAGAAGAGGAACGAACUAGAGUUGAAACUGCCAAGAAGGAGAUCCUGCUAGAAAAGGAGAGCGAGAAGAAGGCUUUAUUAGAGACACUACUUCAAACUCAGGGAGAACUAACAGAAGCCUGCCAGCAGCUAGAGCAGCUCAGGCAGGAUGUGAAAGAGCAGCAAGAGAAUGGUCAGACCAUCACAGAAAAGCUGCAAGCAGAGCUGCAGGAAGCUCAGAGUAAGAUCAAGGCAGUGGAGAACAGGCACAAGGAAGAAAUCAAAACCCUCAAAGAGGAAAUGAAUGUCCUCCUUCAGCAGAGGGAUGCUCUACAGAAAAAGGUAGAAGAGUUGAAAUCGCAGCUAGCAGUCUCUGAAGAGUCCUGGCAAGUAAUUGGCCGUGAAGCUCAGGAGCAUCUGCGUGAGGCACAGGAAUUGUCAAGGCAGAAGAUGCUAGAGGUUGUGCACCUUGAGAAGAUCCUGGAGGAGGAGAGAAGACGGUGGGAGGAGGUAGAACAUCAAAACAAAGAGCUGCAAGCGUGUCUGCAGUCCUUGGAGGGGGAGAGAAGUCAAUGGGAAGAAGUACAGCGUCACAACACAGAAUUUCAGGCUUCACUGAAGGCCCUAGAGGGUGAAAGAGCCAGGCUGACUCUGUCUCUGGAGAAGAAGGAACUGAGUCUAAGAACUCUAGAAGAAAAUAGCCUUGCUCAGCAGAGUGAGGUGUCUAAACUGCUGUCUGCCAUUCAUCAGGCCCAGCAGCUCCAUUCAGACCACAGAAGAGAAAUACAAGAGCUCAACAACCAGGUUCAGUCACUCCAGGAGAUGGUGCUGGAGAAAGAGGCUGGCCUGGCAGCUCGGGAGAAGCAGCUGUUACAAGAUCUGGAGCAGUCCCGAGCAGGCGAACGGUGCUUGAGGGAGUCUUUGCGAGUGCUGGAGGCUGAGAUGUCUGAACUUCAUCUGAGACUUUGUAGCACAGAGAACAGAGCAAAGGCAUUGGCUACAGAGUGCCAGCAGGCUAACAGUGCCCACUGUGAAACCCAGGCCCAGCUGGACAAACUGCAUUUGGUUCUCUAUCAUAUGCUGUGUGGCAGCGUUGAUACAAGCAGAGACUUAGUCACUUGGACUUCAGAACAGGAUCAUGUCUGGGGCCUAACUGUUUCUCAGGCCAGGGACCUCCCUGUAGAGAUCACAGUGGACAGAGUGGCAGCAGCCCUACGAGACCUACACCGGGACCUGAAGCAGACUCAACAAGAUUUGAAUGAUGCCAGGAAGAAGGCACAGGAGCUGGAGCUGGAGCUGAGCAAGAGGCGAGCUGAGCGGGACCAUUUCAGUGCCCACAAUCAAGAGCUGCAGAAACGACUGGCUCAAAGUCAGGAAGAGACACAGAUGGCAGAAGGCAAGAAAAACUCUCUGCAAGCUGCCUUGCAGGAAGAGGCUACUGCUCUAAAGAAGGAGGUUAUGACCCUACAUCAAGAGGUGACAUCUUUGGAAAGGAGACUUGAGAGCACUGAGAAGCAAAGAAAGGAUGUCCUGCAUGAGAGGGACACACUGCAAACAGUUAAGGAAGAAAUGGUAUGGGAGAUAAAACUUCUCCAGGAAUCAGUCACAGCCUCUGAAACUCGAGCAAAUGCAGCAACAAAUAUCAAGCACUCCCUUGAACAAGAACUUCAAACUACAUUAUCCGUCUUGAAAAUUAAAAAUGAGGAAGUGGCAGCUCAACAGGAGAAAAUCCAGAUGCUACAGAAAGAGGUAGCAGAGGUGAAAGCUUUGCAGGAAAAACUGUCUCACAUGACUGCCAUGGUAUCGAAGAGAGAGGGAGAAAUUAAGUUGCGUGAGGAACAGAUUAGAAUGCUGGAAAACCAGAACAAAAUGCAUCAAAGCACUCUAGAACAUGUUAUUAAAGACAAAGCAGAGAAAAACCAGAAGAUAGAAUCCCAACAGGAACAGAUAUGGGAGCUGGAGAAGCAGCAAGAAAUGCAGACAGUUAGUAUAAGCAAGAUGAGGAAGGACCUGGAGGAGAGAGAUCAGGAGAUCAGAGCCCAACAAGAACAGAUACGAGAGCUAGAGAAGCAGCGUGAAAGGCAGAGUUUUACUGUCGGAAACAUGAGGAAAGACCUGGAAGAAAGAGACCAGGAGAUCAAAUCCCAGCAAAAAGAGAUACGGGAGCUAGAGAAGCAGCAUGAAAUGCAGACAGUUACUGUAAGCAAGCUCAGCAAAGACCUGGGGGAGAAAGACCAGCAGAUCAGAAUCCAGCAAGAACAGAUAAGUGAGCUGGAGACGCAGCGUGAAAGGCAGAGUAUUGCUGUAGGAAAGAUGAGGAAGGACCUGGAAGAGAGAGACCAGGAGAUCAGAUCCCAGCAAGAACAGAUACGGGAGCUGGAGACAGAGCGGGAAAGGCAGAGUAUUGCUGUAGGAAAGAUGAGGAAGGACCUGGAAGAGAGAGAGCAAGAGAUCAGAACCCAGCAAGAACAGAUAUGGGAGCUGGAGAAGCAGUGGGAAAGGCAAAGAAGUUCUGUAAUCAAUACCAGGAAGGACCUGGAAGAGAGAGACCAAGAGAUCAGAACCCAGCAAGAACAGAUAUGGGAGCUGGAAAAGCAGCGAGAAAUACAGAGCAGUGGUCUAAGCAAGCUCAGCAAAGACCUGGAAGAGAGAGACCAAGAGAUCAGAACUCAGCAAGAACAGAUACGGAAGCUGGAGACGCAGCGAGAAAUACAGAGUUUUACUAUAGGAAAGAUGAGGAAGGACCUGGAAGGAAGAGACCAGGAGAUCAAAUCCCAGCAAGAACAGAUACGGGAGUUACAGAAGCAGCAGGAAAUGCAGACGGUUACUGUAAGCAAGCUCAGCAAAGACCUGGGGGAGAGAGACGAGCAGAUCAGAACCCAGCAAGAACGUAUAUGUGAGCUGGAGACACAGGGAGAAAUACAGAGUAUUGCUGUUGAAAAGAUGAGAAAGGACCUGGAAGAGAGAGACCAAGAGAUCAGAUCCCAGCAAGAACAGAUACGGGAGCUGGAGGAGCAGCAAGAAAUGCAGAGGAGUUCUGUAAUCAAUACCAGGAAGGACUUGGAGGAGAGAGACCAAGAGAUCAGAUCCCAGCAAGAACAGAUACAGGAGCUGGAGGAGCAGCAAGAAAUGCAGAGGAGUGGUCUAAGCAAGCUCAGCAAAGACCUGGAGGAGAGAGAUCAGGAGAUCAGAGCCCAACAAGAACAGAUACGAGAGCUAGAGAAGCAGCGUGAAAGGCAGAGUUUUACUGUCGGAAACAUGAGGAAAGACCUGGAAGAAAGAGACCAGGAGAUCAAAUCCCAGCAAAAAGAGAUACGGGAGCUAGAGAAGCAGCAUGAAAUGCAGACAGUUACUGUAAGCAAGCUCAGCAAAGACCUGGGGGAGAAAGACCAGCAGAUCAGAAUCCAGCAAGAACAGAUAAGUGAGCUGGAGACGCAGCGUGAAAGGCAAAGGAGUUCUCUUAGCAAUACCAGGAAGGACCUGGAAGAGAGAGACCAAGAGAUCAGAACCCAGCAAGAACAGAUACGGGAGCUGGAGGAGCAGCAAGAAAUACAGAGGAGUACUCUAAGCAAGCUCAGUAAAGACCUGGAAGAAAGGAACCAGGAGAUCAGAACCCAGCAAGAACAGAUACGGGAGCUGGAGGAGCAGCAAGAAAUACAGAGGAGUACUCUAAGCAAGCUCAGUAAAGACCUGGAAGAAAGGAACCAGGAGAUCAGAACCCAGCAAGAACAGAUACGGGAGCUGGAGGAGCAGCAAGAAAUACAGAGGAGUACUCUAAGCAAGCUCAGUAAAGACCUGGAAGAAAGGAACCAGGAGAUCAGAACCCAGCAAGAACAGAUACAGGAGCUGGAGGAGCAGUGUGAAAUGCAGAGGAGUUCUCUAAGCAAUACUAGGAAGGCCCUGGAGGAGAGAGACCAGGAGAUCAAAUUCCAGGAGAGGAAAAUAAUGGCUCUAGAAGAACAUGGUACAUCACAAGUAAGAAGUGUGCUAGAGGAGCUAGAUCAUGUGAAAGCAAACUUGAAGGAGAAAACCUUAGAGCUCAUGUCUCAGGCUCAGCAGACCCAUGAACUGGAAAUGGAGAGAGAACAGGUGAAAUCUCUUCACGCAGACCUUGAACACCUGCGGGCAGUUCUUAGGAAAAGGGAUGGCGAGGCUGAGUCUCAAAGGGAUCGGUUAAGGUUCUUUCAGCAGUACAAGGAGCAGCAGGAUGGGUACCUGCAAGAGCUGCAUGGUAAAUUAGAAAAGAUGACACUUUCUUUAUCUGAAAGAGAUCAAGAGCUUGAGUCACAGCAAAAGCAAAUCCAGGAAUCUGAAGAAGCCAUGGAAAAGAAGUUAAAGACUGUCCAUGACCAACUGGAGCAGACAUUAGAAGCUUUAAAAGAGAAGGACAGACACCUAGACAUUCAAAUGCAAAAAACAAGGAAAUAUGAGGAAGAAACAGAAAAACAGAUGAAAGUUUUACAUAGAGACUUGGAACACACUAAGGCAAUAUUGAGAGAAAGAGAAUUUGUGAUUGAAUCUCAGAAGGAACUGGUCAAGAUCUUCCAAAAACAAGAAUCUGAACAGCAGAAGGAAAUUCUGGAACAUCUCAAAGUGGCAGUAAAGGAACAAGAACAAGAAAUUAUUUCCCUUAAAAAGCAAUGUGAGGUGUACAAGCAAAAGGAAGAAAAGCACAAAGCUGAGCAAGCAAAUCUUCAAGAAACAAAAGUAAUUCUGAAAGAGAGAGAAAAAAAGAUAGAGUUGCUGGAGGAGGCUGUCUCUAAGCUCCAACAGCAAAAAGAAGAGACAAUGAUGCAGACUAAAGCUUUGCUACAUAAACCAGAAUAUGCUGCAUCUUCUGUAGAAGCUAGAGAGCAGGAUACAGUGUCUUUGCAAAAGCAUGUCCAGGAGCUUCUAGAGCAGAAGGAAUUAGAAGGCAAGCAGGCCGAGGGCCUACAACAGGAUGUAAAUAAAAGGAGCCAGACACUGAAGAGCAACAGUUUGGAGUUCCUCAAGCAGGCAGAGCAAAUUAAUAUGUACCAGCUUCAUGAAGAAAGUAUGAAAGUAGCACUAACAUCUUGCCAGAAGCAAGUGAGUCUGCUUGAGGAAAUGGUGAAGAAGAGAGAUGAAGACAAUGAAAUUCUUAUGCAAAAACUUCAGCACCAAGAAGAAGACCUGAAGACCUUGCAGAAUCUCCAGUUUAUGUUGGCUGAAAAGGAAGAAGAGAAUAGAUAUCACAGAGAGCACGAGAAGGUCUUGGAAGAAGUCUUGCAUGAGAGGGAACGAAAGACUAAGGCUCAAGAUGAGCAAAAACAGUUGGAGGAGAUGAGAGGUCUUCAAGAAGAUCUCCAGCAUGUUCAGCAGACUCUGGCCAAGAAGGACGAAGAGAUCAAAUACCAGAGAGAGAGAGUUAGGUAUUUAGAGAAGACUCUGACAGGGAGAGAACAAGAACUUUGGAGGCAGAGUGAAUUCCUGAAACAAUUAACAUCAGCUUUGCGAUGGAAAGAUGAAGGGGAGACUCUAAAGAAAAAAAUUCAGAAACUCCAAAAAUGGGAGGAAGAGGAAGCAGAAAAGAAGAAACUUAUCCAGGAGAGAGACCAUUUCCUGAAAAGGCAGAAUGAGCUAGCCCAACAACUGGAAGAUGAGAGGAAAGUAAAGGGGGAGGAAUUGGAGCGUGUGAUUGCUAUUUUGAAGCAGACCGAAAGUGGAGAAAUAGAAUGGAAAGAGAAGGCACAAGCACUGACUCUUGCCCUUACCAAGAGUGAAAUGGCCAAUGAGUCUUUGAGGGAAGAAAUAGCCAUCCUACAGCGUAUGGUUUCAGAGAGGGACAAGGACCGAUUUCAUCUUCAGCAAGCUAUCGCAGAAGGAGAGCAACUAUCGUGGCUCUCUGAGAAGAAACUCAUGCAGCAACGGCUGGAAUCUCUGCAACGAGCAGUUGCAAGACUGGAACAUGAGAAAACUGAGCUGAAGCAACUCAACACUGAGCUCAGAAGGACUCUUGAGCAGGUGGAACGGGAAAGGAGGAGACUGAAGAGAGAUUAUACUGGUCAGUCGCUGCCGGAUACAUGCAGGUUUUCUCUCUCUGAGUCUGACCAGGACAAGAUGCCUGCUUCUAGACAGGAGGAGGCUCAUGCUCUCUGCAGACGAUUAGCUGAGUUACAGAACCAGGUGAGGAGUAGGAAAGCUCUCAUCAAAGUCUGCUGUAGCUGCACUGGUGGGCACAGUUUGGUGUAACAUCGCAGCACAAGUUUUGUUUAAGUGGGCCUCAUCUGUGAGGAAGGUGACAGAAAUACCCGGUUAGCCACAUCUGUUGUUCGUGGCCAAGCAAUACCAUUCAUCUCGGUCUAGUCUCUGACUUGCCUAAUGGUCGGGUGUGUCAAGUGCGGGGCGGGGGGUUGGAAGGAAUUCAGAAAACUCUAACUCACCUGAAUCUGGAGAAUUGACUAAGAACGAUCCCCUGGAGCCUCACUCAUCCUGCUAGCUCUUCCAAUUUUCCCUUUGCUCAGUUAAAAGAGGAACUAACAUCAUAUGAGAGUUCCGAAGAUCUGAGGCAGUGCCAGAGCUUAUAGCCUUAAGGCAAUUGUUAGUCCCAUUUUGCUGUUCUGUGUUAAUCAUGGCCCCAGUAUUCAACUGAGAGGCAUAAGCACUGUAAGGGUAUUUGUUUUAUCAGUGUAGGAAUGUAUGUUUCAACUACUGAACCUUAUUGCCUCCUAUUACGAUGGUACUGGCCAUAUCAGAAGGUCUCCAGACUUCUCUUCCGUAUACUUCUAUGGGUCAGGUACACCCUUGUCCCCCUGAGGAUAUGAAUGUUCACAGAUGCUAAGGGUAAAAUGCAUAUAAUACUUAGGUGGGUAAAGUACGAGAUGAUGCUUAGCUCUUGAACAGCGAGAAUACUUGCUGAAGCCAGCAAGUUAUCAAUUACGGACGUUUUUACCAGGAAUCCUAGGUGUGUGAAGUUAUGUUGCUACAGGUAGCUAAAUGAACCUCCUUCCCCUUGUGAUUCUUGUGUUUUUGCCUGCCCUGUGGACCUACUUCAUCAGGGAAAUGAAGGUGAUCUGAUCAGAGAGUUGUCCUCAGUUGGCUAGUUAGGGCACUCCUCUGGCUCUGAGAAACGGGAACUGAAACACGAUCCCCCACUUCUUGGGAGAUUUUCUAAGCAGCAGAUAGUUACUUCUCCCACUCAUUUCUCUGAGUUACCUACCAAAGUGUGGGAGGGCUUUUCAGGCUUCAAAGGACAAUUUCACAAAGGUGCCCUUGUUAUUUCAGAGAGAAUUUCAGAUUUGUCCCUCUCUUCAGUGGAAAGCUUCCCGAGCUGAUGUAUGUUGUUUGUUGUGAAGUCUUGUUAAUGUCUUACUUCCCUUGUGCACUACUGGCUUCUAAUUCAGCACUGGAAUUUCCAGUGAAAUUUCCCUUCUGGAGCUGGCUACCUAAGUUCCAGGUGCUGCCAUGCUAAAUCCUUUUUUAGAUCAUCUGGUCCUAGAUGCUUAGCAAAUUAGAGUCCCACUUUUUUUUUUCUGUUUUGGCUUUAUUUUGACAGAGCUUUGCAUUGCAAUUCAAAGGUAACAGGUUCCAUAAGCCAUAAAAAUCAUGUGGGAAUUGUUUCUAUUAUUGAGUUCAUCUGCCAGGAAAGAAUGUUUUCAUGUUCUGAGCUUGAAGUUGGUGAUUGCCUUUCCAUAUGGAACACAGCCAUUGGCAAAGGACAUAGAAGGUAUCGUCCCGUUGAAAACAGAGUAAAACCUCUGACUCGAGCAGUUUUCCCCAGAACAGCCAAGUAUGGAGUGCUGCUGCCCAGUACUGGCAUCUGCUCCAAAGCAGGCAGAGGGCAUAUGCCAGGAGCUGCCGUGGCUGCUCUGCACUACAAACCUAGACAGGAGGUAAGAGUAGCCUGGAUCUCUCUCCCGUCAAAAAGCUCAGAGGACACAACUCCAUUCAUCAGCAGAUAAAGAAUUGGAGGAUUUUCAAGGCCCAUGCAGUCCCUUACAGCUCAUCUUAUCCCUGACCUUGUUCAUCAAAUUAUGCUUUGCUGAUGCUGUAAAAUGCUGUAAAGUUAAGAAAAAUGAUUUUGCUCAUUUUGCAUGUGUUAGCUGUAAAGUAUUAGCUAUAUCAUAACAGAAGAGUUCUUUGGUACCUGGCCCCUGAACAACCUGUCCUUUUUUAUAGUGUUUGAGUGACUGGUAGUGCUGCUCAGGAAAAAGGAUGUAGAACUGCAGUGUCAGUAGCACAAAUCUCUCUUUUUGGAAAAAGAGUUGGGUUACUAAAUCCUGGAGGAAGAUAUCUCUUGCUUUAAUAUACAAGUAAUAUCUCAGUGUUGUGUAUGGGUGUGGUACACCAGAAAGAAACCUGAACUGACGAUAAUGUAAGUUCAAUUCAAUGUGACUUUGGGAACUUGCCACUUCCCACUCAGUAAGGACAAGUGGUGUCCUGACAAGGUGUUUGUCAGGGCUAGAGUUAGAGGACGCUUUUUCCUUGACAGCUGGUACCUUGGAACUAAAGAUGAUGGUAACAAGGUGGACUUGUCUGAGCUCAGCCUUUUGCCUCUUUCAGGUGUCCCUUUUGCAGAGGCAGUUGGCACAAGAACGAAAAUAUAAGCAAGACUAUAUUGAGUGCUGUGCAAAGACCAGCCAGGAACUGUUAGA